AAUUCCAAGUAGUUUCUUCCCCGCCUCUCUCCCUCGCCGUCUCGCCAUCCCCCCCGAAUCAGCUCUCCAGGAGAAACCCUAGUACUUUUGUCCUCUUUUCACUUCGUCAAAAACCCUCCUUUGGCUAAUGGAGAUCAAUUUAGGGAAACUGCCAUUUGAUCUCGAUUUCCAUCCUUCGAGUGCGCUUGUUGCAGCGGCACUCAUAAAUGGCGAUCUCCAACUGUACCGUUAUGGCGCAGAUUCCCUGCCGGAAAGGCUCCUACAGGUUAAAGCGCACGACGAGUCCUGUAGAGCUGUUCGGUUUGUAGAUUCAGGCCGCGUGGUUCUGACCGCUUCUCCAGACUGCUCAAUUCUUGCCACGGAUGUGGAGACCGGAAGGGCCAUUGCUCGUUUGGAAGAAGCUCACGAUGAUCGUCUUCUUGGGCACCCUAUGUCUGUUGAUGCAUUAUUAAAGCUUGACGAAGAUACCCUUAUUUCCGGGUCUGAAGAUGGAGUUAUAAGGUUGGUUGGUAUAUUGCCAAAUAGAAUUAUUCAACCCCUUGCUGAACACUCGGAAUAUCCUAUUGAAGGCCUUGCCUUUUCCUAUGACCGAAAAUUUCUGGGCAGUAUAUCACAUGAUCAAAUGUUAAAGUUAUGGGACGUUGAAGAGCUUUUGAAUAAUCGUCAAAACGAGCCAAACAUUCAACAAAUUGAAGCAGAUAGUGAAGAUAGUGAUGACAUGGACAUGGAUCUAAUUCCCUGCCAGCCUCCAAAAGGUUCUACGAGGAAGAGAAAUGGUUAUGGCCAAUCUUCGAACCAUUCAACCUCAAAUUUCUUUGCAGAUUUAUAGCCGAGUACAUAUUCCAUCAAAGCAAAAUAAACUUCUACUUGGCAGAAAACUUCUAUAUGAUUGAAUAUUUUUCCCUGAGAUAGUAGAAUAGAUUUAUAUUUUUGCCUGAAAUGA